GAUGAUAAAGAAGGUCACUAUAUCAUCGUUCCAGAUGAUUUAAUCUAUCGGCGUUAUCGCACCGUUCGCCUACUGGGCCAGGGAACUUUCGGGAAAGUCGUGGAGGCCAUCGACACCCAAACUAAUAAUAGAGUGGCUAUAAAGAUUAUUCGAGCAAUCCCAAAAUACCGAGAUGCUAGCAAGAUCGAAGUUCGAGUUCUCCAGAAACUCAAAGAACGUGACCCCCUUAAUCGAAACAAAUGCAUUCAUCUUUUACACUGGUUCGACCAUCGAAACCACAUUUGUAUCGUUUCAGAACUCUUGGGGAUGUGUGUAUACGACUUCCUGAAAGAAAAUGAUUUCGCGCCAUUUCCUCGGCACCACAUACAGGAUUUUGCUCGACAACUCCUCGGAAGCGUUGCUUUCCUGCACGAUCUGCGCCUAAUUCACACAGAUCUGAAACCGGAAAACAUAUUAUUGGUCCACAACGACUACAAAGUAGUCCAUAUCGCUGUUCCAGGCAAGGUGUCAAAGAAGAUCUUACAUUCUACUGACAUUCGUCUGAUCGACUUUGGCUCUGCCACUUUCGAACAAGAAUAUCAUUCUACUGUGGUAUCGACUCGUCACUACCGCGCACCCGAAAUUAUUCUGGGUCUUGGUUGGUCUUUCCCAUGCGAUGCGUACUCCCUCGGUUGCAUUCUGGUUGAAUUUUAUACCGGCGUUGCACUAUACCAAACGCACGACAACCUGGAGCAUCUAGCCAUGAUGGAAAUGGUUAUGGGCAAAAUGCAGGAACGCUUUGCCCGUGCAGGGGCGCGUUCAAAACCCGAGUUCUUCAAGGAAGGUGCAAAACUUGACUGGCCCAAACCGAAAGCUUCACGGCAAAGCAAGAAGGAUGUUCGGGCGACACGUCCAUUAAGCGAGGUCAUUCCACCGACAGAUCUCAUCAACAAACAGUUUUUGAACCUUGUUCAAAGACUCCUGGCGUUCGAUCCUGCGCAACGCAUAACAGUCAGGGAUGCUCUGUCUCACCCAUAUUUUUCA